AGCAGGUCGCCGCUUCGAGGAGACGCCACGAUUCCAUUCGCCCCCAUCCAUUCCCAGGAGAAGCCGGAGGCGGAGGAAGUGAGAUCGCGAGGAGCCGCAGGCGGAGAUGAAGACGUUCGACCCGUGGCCGGUGUUCUUCCGCCGGGAGUGGAAGCGCAACUGGCCCUUCCUCACCGGAUUCGCCAUCACCGGAUUCCUCAUCACCAAGAUGACGGCCAACUUCACCGAGGAGGACCUCAAGAACUCCAAGUUCGUCCAGGAGCACAAGAAGCACUGAUGAGGCCAGGUGGAGUUGCCAGAAUCGCCUAUGCCGUGGCCAGUUCUACUAUGCCUGUCUGAAGGAAAAAAUAGUUCCCCUCCUUUUUCCCCCCUUUUAUUUAAUCUGAAUAUCUGCACUCUAUGCUCCAUUUGUAAUGUAAUAAGAGGCAAAUGAAUUGUUGAACCAAAAGAAUCCAGCUUCUGAUGAUACUUAAGUUUGAUCCAGUUUACUGACUUGGUAUGUGGGCCACCGAUCGUGUUAUCUUGUUAAUUGGUUGGAGCCUGUUUGAAAAGAAAGGGGUCGAAAUCUUGUAUGAGAUUUAACAUUGUUUACAGAUUUGAAUGUAAGGCCCCCUUAAAGGAA